GGAGUAGUUCCCAAUAACAUCUAUUGCUUCGAUUAUUUUAAUACUUGUGUGAUUAAAAGAUCUUGUGAUAUGGAUAUUACCGGGAAUGCCUUCGUCACUGGGGGAGGAAGCGGUAUCGGUAAAGCUGUGUGCUUGGCCUUGGCCAAAGAGGGAGCCAGUGGAGUCCUCAUAGUAGAUGUUGAUCUCAAAGCUGCUGAAACAACAGCCACUGAAGCCACCGCCGUCGCCUCGAACCCGAGCUUCCGUGCCGAGGCCAUCAACGCCGAUGUCACGGUCGAGGAAUCGGUAAAGGAGGCUGUCGCACGCAUGGCUCGGUCCUUUGGGCGCGUUGACUACUGUGUUCACUGCGCAGGGAUCACCGUACGGAGCUGCACACCUAUAGAUGAGGCUAGCUUUUCCGAAUUCCAGGUCCUUCUGUCAAACCACGUACACGGAACGUUUCUUGUCACCAGUAAAAUUUCGGCACUCAUGAAGACCCAAGAGCUAAAGCCAUUAGAUACGGCCAGCCCGCAGCUAGGAGGCGUCCGUGGAGCAAUUGUCAACCUGGGUUCCGUGCUUUCCAAUUGGGCGAUACCUGGCAUGGUGCCAUACACUGCUGCUAAACAUGCUGUCUUGGGGAUUUGUAGGACUGCAGCUAUUGAUCAUGCAGCAUCCGGUAUCCGCGUAAAUUGUAUAUGUCCGACCUGGGUGGACACGCCAAUCCUCUACCGGACUAUGGAGCUGACUCCGGGGCUCGACAGCGAGACGGUUUUGCGUGGUAUACCGAUGAAUCGGAUAUGCACGCCAAAGGAAGUUGCCGAUGCAACCCUCUUUUUGUGUAGUCCAAGAUCAAGUUUCAUCACUGGAAUCGCCUUAAACGUAGAUGGUGGCCAUGAUAUAGCCCGCUUCUAGGCUUGGAUGAACAGAAAAUACGUCACAUAAUGGCACCACGAAUGAUAUACGAUUAAGUGUACCUAUGCAGGGUUAGAACAAAUAC